GGAUGCUGUCGCAGCCCAAGGUGAUGCUCCCCAACCCCAUGGUGGUGGAGAACAGGACCCUCGAGCUCACAUGCGAGGCUCCCCCCAGCACUGAGACGCUGCUGUGGGACCACGAUGGCUCUGUGCUGGUGCCCGGCGGCCGCGUGGGGCUGUCCCCAGGGAACCGGACUCUGACGGUGCAGGGGGUCUGCCGGGACGAUGCUGGUAAUUACACAUGUGAGGUCAGAAACCCUGUCAGCCACAACCGCAGCCGCCCUGUCACCGUUACAGUCGCCUACGGGCCGGAUGCUGCCACCGUUGCCCCGCCAGGGCCCCUGGACUGGGCUGUGGGCGCUGCACUGGGGCUGACGUGUGAGACCGGCUCUGUGCCAGCCCCGCGGUAUGAGUGGUUUCAUAACGACACUGCGCUGCCUGGCGCGGGGGAGACAUUGAACUUGACCGAGCCGGGCUGGGGCCAGCAGGGCACGUACCGCUGCGCGGUGCACAACCCCAUCACUGGGCUCACGGCCGCCAGCCGCCCCCUGGACCUGCGGCUCUGGGAGAUGCUGUCGCAGCCCAAGGUGAUAUCCUCCAACUUCACGGUGGUGGAGAACAGGACCCUGAAGCUCACGUGCGAAGCCCCCCCCAGCACCGAGACGUAUUGUGACCAUGGUCCGGUCACAGCCCACAUCGUCCCGCCGGGGCCCCUGCACCCGCAGCUCGGUGACAACGUGACCCUAACGUGUACGGCCAACUCGUUCCCGGCCCCGCGGUUCCACUGGUCCCACAAUGGGUCUGAUCUGGUCCCAGCCCUGACCAGUGCCGUCCUGAGCCUGGUGCUGAGGGGCGCGGAGCAGAUGGGUGUAUUUGAGUGCCUCGCCACCAACCCCCACACGGGCCGCAGCGCCACUGCCUCUGUCUCCGUCGCCCUGGGGCCGGGGCAGCAGGCAGGAAGUCUGUCAGGCGGCGCCAUCGCUGGCAUCAUCAUCGGGACGCUGGUGGGGUUGGGGCUGCUUGUUUUUGUCUUCUACUACUUCUGGGGCCAGAGCAAAAGGCACAGCAAGAAACCGGUGCAAACUGGAUCCAGGACACCUGUGGCCCCCCAUGGGCCUGACGUCACCCGCAGCGGCCCCCUCAAGGAGGAGGAGGUGAGCUACAGCUCCGUCGCUUUCCGGGCUGGAGGGCUGCAGACGCCGCGGCCCCAAGGCCCCUCCAAGGCCGACACCACUGUCUAUGCUGAGACCCACAUCACCGUGACCCCUGACCCCCCGCCGGCCCCAGUGGUGGGGGGAGCUGUGACCUUGACCCCGCAGCCGCCGCCGCAGCUGAGCCUUGUGGCCUGCACCUGGUACCGUGCAGGUGACGUCGAGAUCUUCACACUCAGGCCUGGGGGCAGCGCCACCCUGAGCCACGGGCCCGGGUACACGCGGCGUGAGACGGGGGGGCCUGGCUGCUCCCUGCGCCUGGGGGGGCUGCAGCCCAGUGACUCCGGUCCUUACACCGUGCGGCUCGGGAUGCCCGGGAAUGGCCACUCCAUCUCGGUCCACCUGGCUGUGCUCGAGCCCCUGGACCCCCCGGCAGUGACGUUCAGUAGUGACACUAUGCUGGAGAACAAGACUCUGGAGCUGACGUGCGAGGCCCCCGAGGGCGCUGAGACCCUGCGCUGGCUCCGCAGCGACUCCAUCCUGGUGCCUGGCAGCCGUGUGCGGCUGUCCCCCAGGAACCGGACACUGCAACUUCGCCAGGUUAGCCGUGGCGAUGCUGGAGACUAUCAGUGUGAGGUGCAGAAAGGCAUCAGUCACAUUCGGAGCAGAGCCGUUGCCAUCACUGUCAUCUAUGGUCCGGAGAUUGUCCACAUCAUCCCACAGGGGCCUCUGGCCCUGCCCGCCGGUGAGAAAGUGAACCUGACAUGCAUGGCCGACUCGGUCCCGGCCUCGCAGUUCAUCUGGUCCCACAGCUCUCACAUGGUCCCGGCACAGACCAGCACCAGCACUGGUGCUGUCCUGAGCUUGGUGCUCAUGGGCACGGAGCAGACGGGUAUCUACAAGUGCUGUGCCACCAACCCCCGCACCGGCCUCAUCGCCACCACCUCCAUUUCCAUCACCCUGGGUUCAGGGCAGGGGGGUCCAAGUCUUGUGGCUGGAGUCGUGGCUGGGGUUGCGCUAGCGGCCCUGGCACUGGGAGGCACCCUGGCCUAUGUCCUCUUCCGACACUGUCGGAGGAAGACCCCGCGGGACAGCAAGGAGCCCCCCCAAGUGUAUGAGAACCUGCCCCCCCCGGCCUGUACGGGGGCAGUGAUCCAGCCUGGGAGCUCCCCCGACCCCACCUACCAGACGUUGCAGCUCGGAGCCGGGGACCUGUAUCAGGAGCUCUGGAGCUGAGCAAUGUCCCUCCCCAGCCCAGUGCAUGCUGGGUGCCCCGGUGCAUGCUGGGACAGGUGCCAAACGUACUACCCUGUAACCAAAUAAAGCUUGGCUGGUUUGCUGCC